UCGGUAUUCCCGAAGCGCGGUGGUGGUGUUGCUCUGCCUUGUGGCUGCUUGCGGAGUUGGCGUAGCGGCCGCAGUUUGCGUAGCGCUAGCAGAGGCGGCUGUGGCGGGGAGCAGCGGUGGCUGUGGCGGCCGUGCGAGGAGAGGGCAGGAGGUGCGAGCAGGGCCGGGCAGGGACCGGGCCAGGACCGGGCCGCAGGCUGACCCGAAGACCUGUAUCAAGGAGUUGCACAACAGGAGGAGAUAGAAACUGGAAGCUCUCUGAAUGUGCUGCCCACAGACUUAAGGCUUCAUCGGAGACUCAAGAUGACUUGCCACGAGAGAUGCUUUCUGGAGGGGUUGUGCUGAAGACAGAGCACUGCAGCCUCUAACUGGGACAGCUCCUGCUGGUCUGGAGCUGAGACUGACUUCUCUCCCUCCCUUUUCCCUUGGAGAUGUUGCAGAGAUUUAAUCUGACCUCUUCCUCCUCACCUGAAGCCUGCCGUGGCGAUGAUCCCACAGCCAGAUCCGACCACCAAAGAGAAGAGUAUUGUGCGUUUGAAGCUGGGCCAUCUUUGUAACUGAACUGGAAUUUACUCCCUGCUUGCGCUCCUUGAACGAGUGCCGUUCCUCUGCUUGUCUGUGUGUGUUUUGAGCCGCUCCUCCCCAAUCUUGUUUGGAAUUCCUGGGCUUUCCACGCUGAAUUUGCCCAUGGCUUUCCUGAUGAAGAAGAAGAAAUUCAAGUUUCAGACAAGUUUCACUCUAGAAGAGCUGACUGCUGUCCCCUUUGUGAACGGGGUUCUGUUCUGCAAAAUCAGGCUGCUAGAUGGAGGAGACUUUGCUAGCUUAUCUACCAGAGAGGAAGUUCAGGAAAACUGUGUCCGCUGGAAAAAGAAAUUCACCUUUGUGUGUAAAAUGAGUGCCAACCCAGCCACAGGACUCCUGGACCCCUGCAUCUGCCGAGUAUCUGUCCGUAAGGAGCUGAAGGGCGGAAAAACCUACUCAAAGCUGGGUUUUGCUGAUCUAAAUCUGGCAGAAUUUGCGGGCUCUGGAUCCACUGUACGUUGCUGCUUGCUGGAAGGAUAUGAUACUAAGAACACCCGGCAGGACAACUCCAUCCUAAAGGUCACGAUCGGAAUGUCCCUGCUUUCGGGGGACCCCUGCUUCAAAACGCCUCCUUCCACUGCCAAAUCCAUCACCAUACCGGGACAGGACUCUACCCUGCAGCUGACCUGUAAGGGUGAGGGAACCACAAGCAGCAGCAGCACCAGUUCAGCCACGAUUGGCUCUCUGCGUCAGACCAAGCCAAGAAAUGCCAUGCUCAGCUCGGGUGUCCCAGAAGAACCGGAUCAGAACCUGUCCAGCCCAGAGGAAGUCUUCCACUCGGGGCACUCGCGGAACUCCAGCUACGCCAGCCAGCAGUCCAAGAUCUCCGGCUACAGCACGGAGCACUCCCGUUCUUCUAGUAUGUCUGACUUGACCCAUCGCCGAAAUACCUCCACCAGCAGCAGUGCGUCCGGAGGGCUGAGUAUGACAGUGGAGUGUCCUGAGGGAGAGCGGGACCACAAACUAGAGAAGCCACCUCGCCCCCCCCGACCAGCCCUUCUGCUGGAUAGACCCUCCCGGAGGAAAAAGGAUUCAGUGGAGAGUCACCCAACCCGCGUGGAUGACACCAGGAUCGAUGCUGAUGAUAUAGUGGAGAAAAUAAUGCAGAGUCAGGACUUCACAGAUGUCAGCAAUACUGAAGACAGUAACCUGAGGUUGUUUGUGAGCAGAGAUGGAACAACUACAUUGAGUGGUAUUCAGCUGGGAAACAGGGUCUCAUCUGGAGUUUACGAGCCAGUGGUGAUUGAAACCCACUAAAUGUGAAGAACAGGGUAGAGCUGCUGGAAACAGGCCCCCUACCCAGUCCGCUGCCACAUGGAUGCCAACCUUUACCUCUCUUCAUGCAGCAUUCCAGAAGGGAUUUCUCUGCGCCCCUCCCCAUACGUUUGCACUGCAGAACUACUCCGAGACCACUCCAGAUCAUGCACUUUCCCUGCGUUGGCAUUACCCUUCUCUGCUUCCCAGUUCUUCCAGUGCCUGCCUUCCCCCUGUUUCUGAUCAGACGCAAGGUGUCUGUUGGGUUUAUCCUUAGUCCUAGAGGAUGUUGCUCAUCUGCAUCCCUCACUCCACCCAUUCACUUGCAACAGGGGACUUCUCAGCUUCUGUCUCCCCAGAACAUUGGGUUAUACCACUGUGAACUCUUCAAACCACUGGGGGAGGGGGAAACCAUUCUAACCAAACCAAGAGCUGCUUGUUGGUGACAUGGUGAAAUGGCCACUUGCAGGAUGCUUUAUUCCAUUGACUCUGCAAGGGAACAUCACCUUCCAAGGCAACGGUUUUACUGAACAAGGUAUGCUAUGGUGUGCACUUCACCUUCCUACCCUCAAAUCCCCAAACAUCCUCUUCUCAUAGGAAAUAUCUCCCAAAAGUGCAUUUCAGAAAACUACCGCAAUCCAGAUGGGAGUUGAUAAACAGUUAAAUGCUAGUGCUUGUUAUACCACUAACUGCAUUACGCCCUUCUACUGCUGGGCAUGGAAGGGCAGUGUUCAUCUUUCAGCAUUAGCAGGAGCACUUUAGAGGUUCCAGAUUUUACCUGGAGGAGGCUUCUACUUGCUGUUCCAGGAGCAUAAUCCCUGUUCGCUGGACUGAUUCAGCAAAUAGUCACUGUUGGAGCUUGGAAUACAGAGCCUUUUUUUCUUUUUUUUUUUUUUUUUUUUUGGCUCAGGAAGGGAACUGCCCUUCUUGGACUGUGAAAAGAAUCUGGUUAUCUGAUCACCCUCCCCUGGGCCAGAGCAGGAUGCAGUUGACUGCAGUGGUCUCUCUGUUGUGGUGGUGAUUAACAAUUGCCUCUCUUGGCCUGGGCCAGUAAGGGAAUUGGUGUUGGUUGGCCUUUCUUGCCCUGUCAGCAGGGAUCUAUGCCUGAGCUGGUUCCUUUUGGGGCUGGGGAGAAGCCACUGUCUCUGCCUUCAAAGGUAGAAUGGGUGUUUGCUGCUGCAUUAGCCACAACAGCCAUUUUUACCUGCUCUGUGGCGAGUGAACUCUUCUGACAAGGCUUCAAACUGUUUUCUGGUUGAUCUUUCAAUUGCUCUUCAUGGGGUUUGGUUUCUGCAGUUGUUUGACACUUUAGCUGCCUCUUUUCCUUGCAGUGUGUGGCAGAGUUGUCAGUCCCUUUCAGCUCCCACUUAUAGAUUCUCCUGGCAGCUGAAUUGCAAACGAGGAUCUAUGCAGACUCCAGCCGUGGGCCAUCAGCAGGCUGUGCUUGCAGCCCUUCCUGUACAGAGACUCUCAGCCAAUAAGCUAUUUCUGUGUAGUGCCCUUUCCUCUUUCGCCGGUGUACUGUAGUAGCACUCAGCGGUCGUGCACUCGGAGCAAUGGCACACUCCUGGCCAUGGCUGGGAACGUGCCCUCCUCUGACACACGUGUGCGUGCACAUGCACAGGCACACACUUGUCCCAUUCACGCAAGGAAAGACUUGUAACCGAUCACGUUGUUGUCCAAAUUCUUAGUUAUUGUAAAGCCUUCUUUUUAAGGAGGGGGAAAAAAAAAAAGGAUUUAUUGUGGUCUCUGUGGCCAGAAUGCAUGCAGAUGAGCUACAGGAAAAGGGAAUUUGGCAGAAGGAGAAACAAGGAAUGAAAGG